AGUGUGAAACUGUCUUCUUGUCGUCCGUUUUGUUUACAUGCGUAGGAAGCUAAGCUCCGUUAGCAAACACUAACGCCCCGUUUCCACUCGGCUACCGUUACCGGCCUCAGCCAUGGGGAAGUCGUUUGCCAACUUUAUGUGUAAGAAGGAUUUUCACCCUGCGUCGAAGUCAAAUAUCAAAAAGGUAUGGAUCGCAGAACAGAAACUCACUUUCGAGAAGAAGAAGCAAGAGGACCUUAUGCAGGCAUAUCUGAAAGAGCAGGACACUUACAACAACAGGCUUUUGAUGGGUGAUGAUCGUGUUAAAAAUGGCCUCAAUUUCAUGUAUGAGGCUCCACCUGGAGCAUCCAAAGAGGAAAAGAAUGAGGGGGAAGGGGAAGAGGAGUACAAAUUUGAGUGGCAGAAGGUGGCUCCUCGAGAGAAGUAUGCAAAGGAUGACAUGAACAUUAGAGAUCAACCAUUUGGAAUCCAGGUGCGCAACGUGAGGUGCAUCAAAUGUCACAAAUGGGGCCACGUGAACACCGACAGAGAGUGCCCUCUGUACGGACUGUCGGGUAUCAAUGCCAGCUCUGUGGCGUCAGACGAGGCAGCAGGUCCGUCGAUGCACCCCUCGGAGUUAAUGGCGGAGAUGCGAAACAGUGGGUUUGCCCUGAAAAAAUGUGUCCUUGGUAGGAAUUCUACUGUUUGUGAUCCAUCACAGGAAUAUGUUGCCAGUGAUGAAGAGGAAGAUCCCGAGGUGGAAUUUCUGAAGUCGCUAACGACCAAACAGAAACAGAAACUCCUCAGAAAACUCGACCGGCUCGAAAAGCAAAAGGCCAAGAAGAAGAAGAGCAAGAAGCAGAAGAAGAAAAGCAAAAGAAAGCACAAGAAGAAGCAUGAAAGCAGUGACAGCUCAAGUGACUCCUCCAGUAGCAGCAGCAGCAGCGAUAGUGGCUCAGAUUCAGACAGUCGUAGCAAGUCCAAGAGCCAAAAGAGAAAGAAGAACAAGAAAAGAGAUUCCUGUCGGGAUAACAGCUCUGAGAGCGAGCGUCAAGUCAAGAGUCAGAAAAAGGCCUCUUCUCACAGGAGCAGGUCACCGAGCCCUCACGCUGGACGGAGGCGGCCUAAAGAGGAGUCUGGAGAUUAUAGACAAACAAAGACAGAGAGGGGAAGGAGCAGGAGUCGCAAUCGCAGCCCCGAGCACAAGAUCAAGCUGGAGGGAGGUCAAGAGAGAAAGAGGCCCAACAGCAGGGACAGGCAGAGACCUAGCAGCUCCAAGUCUGGCUUGGACAGAAGCAGAAGCCGCGAGAGAGGCAGGGAGGACCGAGGUAAAGACAGACAUCACAGCAGAGAUGGAGAGAGGAACAGAAGUAGCACAGAAGGAAGGAAAGGCAGAACAGCAGAUGGGAGGAGCAGAAGCAGAGAAAGGAGAAAGGAAAGGGAGGGCAGGGGAAGAAGCAGGAGCAGGGAGAGACGAGAGAGGAGCCAAGACGGAGCAAAGAGAAAGCACUGACUUGGGCUUGUUGUUUCCUGUUGUCUCCGCUCGUACAAUACCCAGCAAAACAAACAAAAAAAAAGUAGAAAUGUUGUGCAUGUUCCCUGCAAAGUAGUCUUCUAUAGGGUCCUACUGUUUAAAUAUUAAACUGCAGAUACUGUCUGCUGUUCUCCUUUUCCUCCAGUAGAGGGAAGCAGCGGCCUAGAAACCCUCCAGACGGCGCUCAGUGCUGCUGAUGCUGUUUUGUGCUGUAUGAAAGGCUCUAAAUUAAUUGAUUGCCAUUGGAAGCAAUUUGCAGCUGAUCCGUUGAUGGGAAAAUGUUGGACUCAUUUUCAUGGUGAGACAAGUUCCGUUGCUGCUGCAGCUUUUUUUUUUAAAUCUUACUUUUAUGAUGGAGUCUUUUUAUUUGGGGGGGAAGGGGGGUACUGGCAUUGUGAGCUGUAAUUCUUGGACGGCUGUUGAUUCCUGGAUAAAAACAAAAAAAAGAAAAAAACAGGACUUUAAUUCUCUGAUUAAAAUUUUAAACCUCUCAA